UCUAGACCAGAACCCGCAUCAACCGGAGACCACUGCUUUUCUGCGGUCCCCGGUUCGAUUCCCGGUCCAGACUGGCUCCUUUCUCUGCCUCCUUCCUGUCCAGCUACUGUUGAAUGAAGAAACUAACAAACAGGCUUUAUUCUGAGGUCUCAACUUGGUGCUGCAGGCCGGGAAACGUUUCUGCUGGAGUUUCUGAAAGAAACGAUUCUUGCUUUAGGAUGACGGACUCUAUGAAAACUCAGCUGGUGAGCGCCAUCCAGCUGCAGCAGGUGGAAAUGCAAGAAAAACCUACAGGCAACUCGCAGGGCAACAACAGCAACAAUGCAGAUGAGAAGUUCACUGUGGAGCAAGCUGUGGAGACCAUCGGCUUUGGACGCUUCCACGUCCUGCUGUUUGUCAUCAUGGGCAGUGCCAAUAUUGUGGAAGCCAUGGAGAUCAUGCUACUGGCUGUGGUUUCUCCAGAGAUUCGAUGCGAGUGGCGCUUGGAGGACUGGCAGGUCGCCCUCGUCUCCACGAUGGUGUUUGUCGGCUUCAUGGUCUGUGGAGUUUUGGCCGGUUAUAUCGCUGACAGAUAUGGACGCUGGAAGGUUGUGUUUGGAGGUUAUGUGUGGAGCGCCUAUUUCUCUCUGCUCACGUCGUUUGCUCCAACGUAUGGCUGGUUUAUCUUCCUGCGAAGCAUGGUGGGCUGCGGCGUUGCAGGAGUGUCACAGGGGUUUGUGUUGAAGACAGAGUUCAUCCCUGCCAAGUAUCGAGCUUACCUGCUGCCUCUGGGCACUAUCUUCUGGAUGACCGGCUCCAUGCUCAUCAUCCUCCUCGGCAUGCUGGUGGUUCCCACUAUGGGCUGGAGAUGGAUGAUCCGGCUCUCCAUCACACCAAGCAUCAUCCUCAUCUUCCUCUUCAAGUUUAUUCCUGAGUCGGCCCGUUACAACGUGUCAGCAGGGAAAGUUGAUGCUGCCGUCAAAACCCUGCAGAGGAUCGCCAGAAUGAACCGAGCUUCUCUUCCUCCUGGACGGCUGGUGGAGCCCGCUCUGAGGGAACGUGGCAGCUGGAGGAUUCUGUUCAGUCCAACCUUCAGGAGGACGUCCCUCCUGCUCUGGUACUCAUGGUUUGUGGCGUCCUUCGCGUACUACGGCUCGGUGCUCAGCAGUUCAGAGCUGCUGGAGAAAAACCUGCUGUGUGUGAUAAACGCCGACGCAGAGCAUCAGGUCAAACACCGCCAUGAGAGCGGACUCUGCUACUGCAUUCCCUUUGGAAGCAGCGACUACCAGACGCUGCUCAUCAGCUCCCUGGGAGAAGUCGCAUUGGUUCCAUUAAACAUCAUCCUGCUUAACGUGUUUGGACGGAGGAUAAGUCUCACUGUGCUUCAACUGUUAACAGCUCUUCUGUUCAUGAUGGUCAACAUCUGCACUACAAUGUUUGGCUUCACUGUGCUGCUGUUCCUGCUGCGAUCUCUGGUCUCCAUGAACUUUAAUGUGGUUUACAUUUACACAGCUGAGGUUUACCCAACCAUAGCUCGAUCUCUUGGGAUGGGUUUCUGCACCUCGUUCAGUCGGAUUGGAGGGAUGAUCGCUCCAUUUAUUGCACAGGUGCUCAUGUCUCGGUCUGUGAUUCAAGCUCUCACUCCGUUUGCGGUGGCUUGUGUCAUCUGUGCUCUGGGAAACUUCCUGUUACCGAUAGAAACCAGAGGUCGAGCUUUGCUGCAAAACUCCUGAGGAUUUCCCUGCACAGCUUCUAUUAGAUUUGUUUCAGCGUGUUACUGGACCUGGAGGUCUGGAACGUUUCUGUUCAUAUUGUCAAAGAAACACAAGUUUGGCGUUUUGUUUUAUUGGACUUGUUCAUAUCUAAUCAAUCCAAAGCUUCUUUUGUUAUGAAAUACAAGAAGUAAAAACAUCUGUUACAGUAACAUACUGCAGUUACUGCAAACAUUUUUCCUGAGACAUUCAGAACUUUGUUUAACUUUGUUUCUUGCUGUAACAGGUUUUUCAUUUCAGUCUCUUAAAUGCCCAAAAUAAAACUGAUUAAUCCAUGUGGAGAGCGGCAUGUGAAUAUUGUUUAGAUACACUUUCAGACAUUUUAUCUAUCAUGUCUAUAAUGUCUAAUUAAAAAUCUGAAAGAAAAUUAA